AUGGCGGGAGACGAAGCAUUUUUAAUGACUCCUCUUGUGCUGAUUCUCGCCAUAUUUCUUCGAAGGAGACGACGUUUCUUUCAGAAGAUGCGACUAAUGUCUCGAGGAAUGGAAAGGACGCGACGGAUUGUGGUAAUCCGGACAAUCCAAAACACCCGCUAUCGCCAUAACCACAAGACAGUGUGGGUUUAUCCAAGACCACAGUUUUGGUUUGAACAGCUCCUUUUAAACCGAUAUCAAGAUCAUCUAUGGCGAGAGCACUUCAGGGUAAGCAGGGAUACAUUCCAACACAUUUGUGGUCUCGUUGGCCCUCAGUUAAUGCGGCAGAAUACAAUUCUUCGUGAAGCAAUCACCGUAGAGAAGCGAGUGGCUGUUGCUCUGUGGAGGUUAGCUACUGGAAUUUCGUAUAGAACCGUGGGAUUAACGUUUGGGAUCGGCCGAUGUACUGCCAUGAAUGUCAAGGACGAAUUCUGCUCUGCCUUGAUGAGAAGAGCUAAUGAUUUCAUCAAAUUUCCUAAGGCUGAGGCCGAAACAAGGCAAGCAAUACAGAAAUUUCAAGACAUCAGUCACUUCCCUCAGGUAAUAGGAGCACUUGAUGGGUGUCAUAUACCAAUUAAAGCCCCGAAUGAAGAACCAAACGAGUACGUAAAUCGAAAAAGCUUUCAUAGCAUUGUUUUGCAAGAUGUUGCUGAUGCUAAUAGAAAGUUCUUGCACGUUAGUACCAGCUAUGCAGGGAGUAUUCACGAUGCUCGCGUGCUACGAAUGAGCUCCCUACUCACAGCAAUAGAAGACGGCGAUAUUUUGCAUUCCCCAUUGCGUCGGAUAGGCGGUGUGUAG